AAAAAAGAAAGAGGGUGAUGGGCUAGAUGGUUUGAGGUCAAAAGGGUAACCAGUUGGUCUCACACAUCAAGGUCCUUUCACGUGUCAUUUAAAACCAUUAUGUGGAUUUUUAUUUUGAUGGAAGUGUUAGAUUUAGAAUGAAAUUAAAUUAGUGUCAAAUAGGGAAUCCAAUAUUUUAGUUGUGUCAAAUAAGGAAUUGUGUCAGGAAAGAUACCACAUUCCCCUUUCCCCGUGCCUUCCUGCUUCAUCUCGGUCUUGGUGCCGUCGGGGUGGUGAGUCGCCGCUGCAACGCGCGCCUCCUUUCUCAGAUCCAUGACAUCAAAGAAAGCAACGGAUUGGCCCACCCAUGCGGCACGCCCUUCAGUCCACAGAUCCACCCAAGUGAGGAGGUUGCUGCAAUGGCCGGCCAUCGUCGCAGGGCGCGCCUCCUUUCAGAGAUCCAUGACAUUGAGGAGGGUGACGGACCUGCCCACCCACAUGGCAUGUGCAUUCGUCCCCAGAGCCAGGCCGGUGAGGAGGUUGGUGCCGUUGGAAUGGCCAGCCGCCGCUACAGCACACACCUCCUUUCUCAGAUCCACCCUAUUGAGAAGGGCAACGGAUUGGCCCACCCAAGCGGCACGCCCUUCCAUCCCCAGAUCCACCCAAGUGAGGAGGUUGCCGGAAUGUCCAGCCAUCGCCGCAACGCACUCCUUUCCCAGAUCCACGCCAUGGAGGCGCGUGACGAACUUGCCCACCCACGUGGCAUGUGCGUCCGUCCCCAGAUCCAGGUUGGUGAGGAGGUUAUUGGAACAACCCGCCGUAGACGUCGACACCAUCACGGCACCUCGUCGGAGGCACCCUCCUCCCUGCCCGACAACGACGAUAUACUCAGGGAGAUCUUUCUCCGCCUCCCCUCGGACCUGUACUCAUUCCCCCGAGCGUCUGCCAUCUGCAAGCGCUGGCGAGGCCUCCUCAUCAACCCAAGUUCCUCUGCCAGUUCUACGCACACCACCGCAAGCUGCCCCUUCUCGGCAUCUUCGAGAACUGCAGCAAGGAAGGUAUGGUGUUCACCCCCAUUCCGGCCCUAGUUGCUGACUGCAUCCCUCAGGAUCGCUUCUCCCUUGGACGCCCCCGAUUUACCUAUGUGCUCGACUGCCGCCACGGUCGUGUACUCAUCGAAGAUCUGGAGCAGAAAUACCUCAUUGUGUGUGACCCCAUCACAAGUGAAAAGUGUCGCGUGGCUCUUCCAUGCAAGUUCAAGUGGAGCUUCGUUGGAGCGGUGCUCUGCACAGCCGGCUACAAGGGGCACUCCAGCCCCUUCAAGGUGGUAUUGCUGUCUUGGGAUGGGGUGGAUAAUCAACUCCUUGCCUACGUUUACUCCUCAAUGACCGACACAUGGGGCAAUGUCAUAUCAGUUGAGGCUCAAGAUAAUAUUUAUUUUCAUGGUUGUCGUAGCACCCUUGUUGGCAAUAUCCUUUACUGGCCAUUUAUGAAUGGGAGAGGUACCAUACUUGAGUUUGAUUUGGACAGCCAGAACCUUACCGUGAUCAAGGGGCCUCCUGGUAUGAAUGAUUCUGGCAACUUUCAGACCAUCCAGGCAGAGGAUGACACUGUUGGUCUUGCCAUGUUGUCUUGCCAUAACCUUCAAAUGUGGCAGAGGAAGGUCAAUUGUCGAGGUGUUUCCGUAUGGUUGUUGCAGAAAACGGUUUCAUUGCACAAGCUUCUUAAGAUCCCUCCUCAGGACAAGAAAAGGAUGAAAUGGCAGGACAAAUUUCUCGGCUAUGAAGAGGACAACGAUGUAAUCUUUUUAUAUUGGUACAACACUGUCUAUAUGGUUCAACUCAAGUCAAUGCAAUCCAGGAAAUUUAAUGGAACCCGUUCCAGGGAGUAUAGGGAAUGUUGUUAUCCUUUCACGGGUUUCUUCCCAGCAGGUGAUUGUUACAAUUGUAGCACAUAGAAAUAAAGUUUGUUCACAAGAAGAGGAGAGGAUUAAGGCUUCACAUGGUGGCUCCCUUAACUAUGUGAAGAAAAAGAAAAAGGUUUUCCCACCUAAGCAGAAUUCUCCCUCAAAGCCACAGAACAAGCUCCAAGGCAAGGCUCCCGUUUAUUAUCAGCCAAAACCAAUAACAGUAGACAAGGACACUUGACUUGUAUGUACUGCAAGAAAACCGGGCACUACAAGAAGGAUUGUGCUGCCUGGCUAAAGGUCUUCAUGGCAAAGAGAGGGGUUCAGUUCGACGAGGACCAUGUGCCAAAACGAAAAAAAUAUUGAAGUCACAAAUGAUGUCCAAGCAGAAGUUGAAUCUGUAGGUGACGUCUCCUUGGAGCUAACCGAAGGAUUCAUGCUUUUGCUUAGUGAUGUUCUUUUUGUGCCUUCAUGUAAUAGGAACUUAAUAAGUGUGUCGUGCUUAGACAAAGACAAUUAUCAAUGUAUUUUUGGACAUGGUAAAUGUACCGUAUGGUACAAUAAUGAUUAUGUAGGCAAUGCCUUUCUUCA